AUUAUAAAUUUUGAUUUGAAAUGGAAAAUAUAGUAUGGAGUGACAAUCCCGCGAAGGACUUUAUGUUUAGGGGAAGUUCAAAUGUAAUAAAUUCAUUACGAAUUUCAGUUAAUUUUCUCACUUGAGAAAAGCCCCAGUCCAAGAAAAUGGAUGCCAACAACUCUCCAAGUCCGCCGGCGACGGCUGAUAUCUCCGAAGCUCCGCUAACUUCGGCCUCAGAACGCCAAAGGGAGGAACCUGAUUUCGACGAGGAAACCAUGCGCAAAACCAGACCGGGACUGAAGCGCUUUACUCUCACUCUCACUGUUCUCCUCUCUUUCCUCUUAGGUCUUCCUUUUUUUUUGAAAUCAGUAGAAAUUUACAGAUCACCGCUGCCGUUCCGCGAAAUCGAUGAUUUGUCUGCCGCGGUCGAGUCGAAUCCUCUGCAUUUUCCUUGCCAAUUUCAAGCAGUUUUUGUUGAUUUCGGCGUACCUUCGUUUACUGCUAAUGAAUUGUCAAUGUCGAUCGAAUCUCACAUGCAAAACCUCGCUGCAAAAGAUUCCACAUUUUGCGGCGCUUGUAGUAACAAUUCCACUGUUUCUGUAACUCUGGAAUCCGGUUCUGAUUGUUUAUAUAGCAACAACGAUUUGCAGUGGAAGUGUGGAGGGCUGAAUGAGCUGAACAAAUUUGAGGGUUCUGGGAAAUAUGAUGAUGAGUUAUUUGACUACUAUUUGAAGUCGCUGUUGGCUGAUAAUGGUAGUCGAGGUCAUGGUGGAAAGGUUUAUACUGUGAUUGUGGUGAGGAAGGAGGAAAUGGAGGAGGUGAGGGCGGUAGUUGGGAAGUAUAGGCACGCCUGGAUCAUGGGUAGGGUUUCAGAGGAGGCUGCAGUGAAGAAGGUGGCAGAGAUUUUUGUGAAAGUGUUUGUGAAUGGUGGUAAAGAGGAAGGGUGCAUCAGUGGGGAGUUUAUGCCGGUGGGGGCGGAUGGGAGGAUUGUGCUUUCCUUCAAUUUGCUGAAUGCUGAUCCACGCGAUUGGACUUAUGACUGGGAAUUCCAAGAGAUAGAUGAUAAUCUCUUGGCUCCUAUAAUUGAUGCUUUGAAGCCUCUAGCAGAUGUUAGAGUGGAGAGUCAGGUUUUAUACCACACUCCGAAGUCUUCAUUUUCCUAUUGGGAUGACACGCUUGGCAGCUAUAUUUUCACGAGAAACGAUCUUCCUUUCUUUGUAAACUCAAAUGAGUGGCAUUUGGAUACAUCAGUUGCUGCAGGAGGGCGUUCGAAGAUCCUCCAUUUUGUGGUAUAUGUGCCAUCUGCAACAGAGUGUCCACUUCUGCUGCAGCUUCCAAAUGGAGCAAUUUCAAAGACAAAUGGUUUUAUAUCUCCAAUGUGGGGAAGUGUUGUUGUUUGGAACCCUUCAGCUUGUUUGAAAGAUACAGAAAUGGAGCCUCAUGUGAGGCAUAAGAUUUCUCCUGAGGACUUGAAGAAAAUUUUUGAAGUCUUCCUCGGCCAGUUGCGACAACUCUUUGGUCUGAAGUCCAAAGGUCUUCUUGGUGAUGCAUCAGGCACUUUACGACUAUUGACUAGUGAAGCUGGCUUCACAGAAUGGGAAUUGGAUGUGUUGUCUCGCCAGCAUACAUGUUUUAAUCUUCUUCAAUGUGCCACAACUCUUGGAUCACUUUCUCGACUUGUCCAGUCGCUUCCAAGAAUGAUAAUUAAGGAUGAAAUAGGAAAACAGGUGAAGUAUUCUCUUGAAUCAGCAAAAUUGGCUCUAAGCAAUGUUUCUGGUGGAGUUUAUGAUGCUUCUGCUGUGUCCUCAAGACAAGCUAGAUCUUUUGCUGAGGAUGCCUUUUAUCACCCUUCUAUGAUGUCUGUGAGCUACUACUCAUUUGAGCACUGCUUUGCUGUCUAUUCGCCCUUCUUUCUGCCGGUUUCACUGCACGUGCUUCUGGCAGCCCUCCGAGAACGGAAAAGAUACAAGCAGGAAAGCAGGAAGUACAAUGCAUGGAAAGCCAAAACAAUGUAAUAUCAGUUUACUGAACCGCAAGUCUCAAAACAACCCACAAGACAUUAAAUAGCAGAUGGACAGUUUUUUCUUGCGUAAGUUACAGGACGCAAUGUGUGGAUGCCCGUUCUUACAUUCCCAUCUGAGACUGCCAUCCUCAGAAGUUUCUCGAGCAGAUACCAUCUGAAGCCCACACUAACAGAACAGGUCAAUGCAAAACCCACACUUGUUUCAUCACUUGCACUUUGUUGUUGUACUGAAAGCGUAAACCAAUUACUGGUCUCACGCCUCGUACUAUAGAAUUGUACGCUAAAUUUGCAUGUUUGUGUAUGAGUUGAACGGAUGAAUACACUUACUGAUUGCUGAACCUGAGCAAUGAGUAGAGAGAAUAGAUGAUUUUCAGUUAAUGUACUUGUAUAUUGAGCAAGCCAUA